GCUUCCACAUUUGGAUUACUAACAGAGUUACACACAUCCUAUUCUUCCCUGAUCACCUGGAGCUAUUAAUUAACAAAACACCGUGCCAAUGCAGAAGUUCUCCCAAAAGAUGCUAUGGAGGAAGGAAAAGAAAUGGCAAUGCAAUCUUCCAGACAUGUGACUGAAGAAAAACAAGUUUCAGACUUUCCUCUUCUGAGUGAUGAGAAGUUUGAUUUUGACCUUUCACUUUCUCCAGGAAGUGGAAAUGAAGAUGAAGUUUUUGUUGGACCCUUGGGAUACAAAGAAAAAUGUAUUGCUGCCAAUAUUGAGGCAAAUGGAAGUGCUGAAAAAAAGAGCACGCCUGCUGUUGAUGAUAAACUAAUGUGGAGCCCACUUACAGAAGAGAAAUUUGUGGAAAUUUUCAAAGAAGCUCAUUUGUUAGCAUUGCAAAUAGAGACUGGAAGCAAGAAUGAAGAGACUAAAAUAAGCCAAUCAGAAGAAAGUGAAAACAACACAGAAAAAUUUGUGGAGGACUCAAAGUCGAAAUUGGAAAUGCUGAGAAACCAAAAUAUAGGGAAAAGUCCCAGAGUUGUUAAAAGGGAGACAUACUGCGUGUGGGAUAGCCCAGCCUGUCAGCUGCCACCUUGUUUUCAGAAGGAAUCUGAUAAACUUUUGUCAGAUGAGACUACACCUGCUCUUCAUAUGCCUCCAAACAGAAGCCCUAUUAAAAUUUGUGUAUCUCCUACAAAAACUGCCAGUUCUUCUCUGAAACAAGAAGUGAAAACAACUGAAAGAAUUAUGAAGGCAACUGGCAAACUGCCAAUGGCAAAACCCUCAUCUAUGCUUGGAAAAAAACCCAGUUUAACUGUUGAAAAGCCCAAACCAGGAAAACAUACUAGUAUUCCUACAAAAAGAGAAUUAAACAGCAUGGAAUCAUCUGAAGACCUAACUUCUGACAAAUCUAGCACUGCUUCAGAUGUCUUUGAGUCUUCGUUCAGUGGCAGCACCUCAGUGCAAGACAAAACAGCCCUUCCUGCACCAAGUAAGCCUGGCUUAAAAAAAACGCAUCUGAAACUCCCUGGUGUUGCUUGUGGUCUCACAAGAAAAACUACUUCAUCAUCAUCUUCAUCAGCUUCCAGCAUGAGCUCAAGUCUGAAUUCAAGUUUACCCAUUUCUCCCAUAGGAAAAAAUGGAAAAUCAGGCAUAGCUUCAAAAGCCAGUGUGAGUGGCUCUAAGCUUUCAUCUAGUACAAGCAGGCUGGCACUUGUCAGACCCGCUAGCGUGUCAUCGCUGCAGGCUGCCAAUCCUGAGAAAUCCAGGAAGCAAGAGCGAUCAGCCGGUACUCACAAAGUAUCUAGUGCUAUAAGCUUGGCUAAGUCUUCAGCUUCUGCAACAUCAUCUGAGGCUGCAGGCAGUGGAAUUCAGAGACUGAGCUCUGUUCCCAAUCUCAAGAAGCUAUGUCAGCAGGAUAAAGAUAGGAGUACAACAAAAGGAGGCCUGUGUCUAAAGCCCAAGGCUAGAGUUUUGUCUGCUCUGGAAAGUCAAUCGAAGGCUCCAGUGAAGACUGGAGAUACACCAGCAAAGAAACCGGCACCAAAAGCAGCACCAUCUCUUGGAUUAACGUUUUGUGGGUCACUUGGAAGUGCUGUGGCAGUCAGCACUCCUGUGAAAGCCUUGGCAGAAGGGAUCCUUCAGAACUCUUGUUUUCCCGAGAGGUCUUUCUCUGUGACUCCUGCUGGCCUGAGACGGUCUGGCUUGCCUACACCUGUCCGACGCACCGCAGGAUUUCCAGCAGUGACUCCUAAAACUGCCCCAAGAAUGACACAUGCUCCAUAUGCUCGCCGAAGCUCCAGCCUGUCUACCAAAAAGACUCUUACAGCUGGUUCUAAACAGAUAAAAGAGAGUAAGACACACAUCUCUUCUGAAGAAGAUGAUGUAUUUCCUCCACCUGUGCUACCUCUUGCACUUAACUUCUCACCAGAAAAAAGUGCUACAGAAGAAAAUGAAUUAAAAGAGGCUGAAAUACAAAAUCAGCUGGUUGAAGAGAAACAAACUGAGGCCUUACUGGUAGAUAUUGGUGUAGACAAAUCUCUACCACAUGAUUUGGAAUGUGAAAGUAGGCCUCUGAUUGACCUUUCCAAUACUCCUGAAGUGAAUAAGAUGACUCCUCUAAAGCCUCCUUUGCCAGGGCAUGUAAAGCUAAUUGAUUUGAGUUCGCCUCUUAUCACUCUGAGUCCUGAUAUAAACAAAGAAAAUCUGGAUUCCCCUCUACUCAAGUUCUGAACUUGAGUGGAAAUGAAGAAUUCUUGGCAUCUGGGAUCUUAAAAGUGUUUAGAUGUUAUUCUUCGCUCAAACAGGGUGGUUGUUUGGUUUGGGUUUUUUUUUUGAAGACGACUGCAGAUGAUCUGAUGAACUCCAUUAUCAAAACUGUUAGAAUUCUGUUGUGUUAGAAUCAAGCCGAGUCUGAUUAAUAGUUCUGUUCGAGGAUAUGUUGCAAUAAAUGUAUUUAAACUGUGUUGCUCUCGGGCAAAGGGAUGUUCUCCAAAGAGAGGUAAUCUCUGUAUUCGAAGCCUGUCUUUUUAUUUUCUACCAUUUGUCCUU